GUUUUUUUUGCUCUGUCCCUCCCCGUGCCCGCCCCGUGCCCGCCCCGUGGGCAGCUGGCCGAGCUGCAGGACAAGGCCACGUCGGCCGAGACGAAGGUGCUGGAGAUGGGCACCACCCUGGAGGGGCUGCAGUGGGACAGCGCCAAACUGCGCAAGCGCGAGGGGCGCCUCGACAGACACCUGGCCGAGGCCCUGGAGCAGCUGACCUCGGGCUCGUACGGCUCCGGCAGCUCCGGGGGCUUCCAGGGGGGACAAAUCACGCUGAGCAUGCAGAAGUUUGAGAUGCUGAACGCGGAGCUGGAGGGGAACCAGGACUUGGCCAACUCCCGCAUGGCCGAGCUGGAGAAGCUGCAGCUGGAGCUGCAGGCGGCCGUCAGGGGCCAGGAGCGCCUCAAGGUGGCGCUGCGCUCGCUGCCCGAGGAGGCGGUGAAGGAGGCGCUGGAGUACAAGGUGCUGCAGUCGCAGUUCUCGCUGCUCUACCACGAGAGCCUGCAGGUGAAGACGCAGCUGGACGAGGCGCGGGCGCUGCUGCUGGCCACCAAGAACAGCCACCUGCGCCACAUCGAGCACAUGGAGAGCGACGAGCUGGGGGUGCAGAAGCGGCUGCGCACUGAGGUGAUCCAGCUCGAGGACACCCUGGCCCAGGUGCGCAAGGAGUACGAGAUGCUGCGCAUCGAGUUCGAGCAGAACCUGGCGGCCAACGAGCAGGCGGGCCCCAUCAACCGGGAGAUGCGGCACCUGAUCAGCUCCCUGCAGAACCACAACCACCAGCUCAAGGGCGACGUGCAGCGCUACAAGCGCAAGCUGCGCGAGGUGCAGGCCGAGAUCGGCAAGCUCCGCCUCCAGGCCAGCGGGGCCCCUCCCCCCCCCCUCCCCCGCCCCCUCCGCCCCUCCCCCCGCCCCUCCCUCUCAGCCCCGCCCCCUCAAGGACACGCCCCCGGCCCCUCCCCCACCGCCGGGAAGGCCCCGCCCCGAGCGGGGGAUGGGCGGAGGGGGGUGGGGGAGGGGCGGCCGCGGGGGGAGCGGGAGCGGCCCAAGGGGGGCCCCGAGGAGGCCAAGAAGAAGGACUCGGAGGUGCUGAAGCAGCUGCGGGCCGAGCUCAAGAAGGCGCAGGAGAGCCAGAAGGAGAUGAAGCUGCUGCUGGACAUGUACAAAUCGGCCCCCAAGGAGCAGCGCGACAAGGUCACGCUCAUGGCCGCUGAGAGGAAGAGCAAGGCCGAGCUGGAGGAGCUGCGGGGGCGCUGGCGGGAGCUGGAGGAGCGGGAGCGGCGCGAGAGCAAGAAGUUGGCGGACGAGGAGGCGCUGAGGAGGCUCCGCCUGAGCGAGGAGCAGAUCGAGCACCUGCAGCGGCGCCUGGCGGCCACCAAACAGGAGGAGGAGGCGCUGCUGUCGGAGAUGGACGUGACGGGCCAGGCCUUCGAGGACAUGCAGGAGCAGAACCUGCGGCUGCUGCAGCAGCUGCGCGAGAAGGACGACGCCAACUUCAAGCUCAUGUCUGAGCGCAUCAAGGCCAACCAGAUCCACAAGCUGCUGCGCGAGGAGAAGGACGAGCUGGCCGAGCAGGUGCUGGCCCUCAAGGCCCAGGUGGAGGCGCAGCUGCAGGUGGUGCAGAAGCUGGAGGAGAAGGAGCGGGGCCUGCAGAGCGCCCUGGGCGCCGUGGAGAAGGAGCUGAACCUGCGCUCGCAGGCGCUGGAGCUGCACAAGAGGAAGGCGGUGGAGGCGGCCCAGCUGGCCGAGGACCUGCGGGCGCAGGGCGAGCACGUGCAGGCGCGGCUGCGGGAGCUGCAGGUGUGCGCGGCCGAGAACCGCGCGGCCAAGGACAAGGAGUCGCUGAGCCUCAAGAGGGCGCAGGAGGAGCUGUCGCGGCUGCGCCGGAAGCUGGAGAAGCAGCGCAAGGUCGAGGUUUACGCCGACGCCGACCAGAUCCUGCAGGAGGAGAUCAAGGAAUACCGGGCCCGGCUGACGUGUCCGUGCUGCAACGCCCGCAAGAAGGACGCGGUGCUCACCAAGUGCUUCCACGUCUUCUGCUUCGAGUGCGUCAAGAGCCGCUACGACACGCGCCAGAGGAAGUGCCCCAAGUGCAACGCCGCCUUCGGCGCCCACGACUUCCACCGCGUCUACAUCAGCUGAGCGGCCACCGGCCACCGGCCACCGCUGGUCAUCCCUCGCCCAGUUAUGGUCACCCCGUGGUGAUCAGUGGUCACCCAUGACCACCUGUGGCCACCCAGUGUCCAUCCCUUGGUGACCCAUGAUCGCCUCUGGCCACCCCACGUUGACCUAGGGUUCCCCAUGGUGACCAAUGGCCACCAAUGACCACCUCUGACCACCCUGUAUCCAUCCCUUGGUGACCCAUGACCACCUCUGACCACCCUGUGUCCAUCCCUUGGUGACCAGUGACCACCUGUGGCCACCCUGUGUCCAUCCCUUGGUGACCAAUGACCACCUCUGACCACCCUGUGUCCAUCCCUUGGUGACCAGUGACCACCUGUGGCCACCCUGUGUCCAUCCCUUGGUGACCAAUGACCACCUCUGACCACCCUGUGUCCAUCCCUUGGUGACCAGUGACCACCUGUGGCCACCCUGUGUCCAUCCCUUGGUGACCAAUGACCACCUCUGACCACCCUGUGUCCAUCCCUUGGUGACCAGUGACCACCUGUGGCCACCCUGUGUCCAUCCCUUGGUGACCAAUGACCACCUGUGGCCACCCUGUGUCCAUCCCUUGGUGACCCAUGACCACCUCUGGCCACCCCACGUUGACCUAGGGUCCCCAUGGUGACCAAUGGCCACCCCUGACCACCUGUGGCCACCUCAUGUUGACCUAGGAUCACCCCUGACCACCCAUGGCCACCCCAUGGUGACCAAUGGCCACCCAUGACCACCCUGUGUCCAUCUCUUGGUGACCCCUGACCACCUCUGACCACCCCACAUUGACCUAGGGUUCCCCAUGGUGACCAGUGGCUACCAAUGACCACCUCUGACCACCUUGUGUCCAUCCUUUCAUGACCUAUGACCACUCCAUAGUGACCAGUGCCCACCUAUGACCACCCCAUGUUGACCUCUGGCCACCCCUGACCACCUCUGACCACCCCUGUGUCCAUCCCUUGGUGACCCAUGACCACCUCUGGCCACCCCAUGUUGAGCUAGGGUCCUCCUUGACCUCCCGUGGCCACUCCAUGUUGACCACUGGCCACCCAUGAGUAUCUAUGGUCACCCUGUGUCCAUCCCUUGGUGACCCAUGGCCACCCCAUGGUGACCAAUGGUCGCCCCUGGUCACCACUGACCACCCUAUGAUGACCCCUGAGCCUCCUCUGACCACCCUGUGUCCAUCCCUUGGUGACCGAUGACCACCUCUGGCCACCCCAUAUUGACCUAAGGUCCCCCAUGGUGACCAAUGGCCACCCAUGACCACCUAUGACCACCCUGUGCCCAUCCCUUGGUGACCAAUAGUCAUCUAUGACCACCCCAUGCUGACCUAGGGUCACCCCUCCCCACCCAUAGCCACCCCAUGGUGACCACUGGUCAUCUCUGACCACCCUGGGUCCAUCCCUUGGUGACCUGUGACCACCUAUGGUCACCCUGUAGUGACCAGUGACCACCUCUGACCACCUUGUAUCCGGCCCCUGGUGACCCCUGACCACCUGUGACCACCCUGAGUCCAUCCCUUGGUGACCCCUGACCACCUCUGGCCACCUCAUGUUGACCUAGGGUCACCCCUGACCACCCAUCACCACCCGAUGGUGACCAAUGGCCACCCAUGACCACCCUGUGUCCAUCCCUUGGUGACCAAUAGUCAUCUAUGGCCACCCUGUAGUGACCAUUGCCCACCUAUGACCACCCCAUGGUGACCAAUGG